AUGGAGAACGCACUCCAGAAGCAGCUGUUGCUGUCGAGAAGGGAAACCAUGAUUGCUGCUUUGGGUCGGGCAGAGGCAUUUCUGGAAGCGUACGAUGAACAACGAGACCAGUCUCAAGUACGAUUGCGGUUGGAGUAUUUUGACUCGAUGUGGAAGUCACUGGAACAGGUGCAGGGUCAACUCGAAGACUCUGAAACUGAAAGCGAAGGUAGGGCACAGCAUGCUGCAAUACGUGCGGAUUUUGAACCACGGCUAUUUAGAAUUAAAGGCGACUUAAUUUCUAAACUACCCGUCUCCCCAAUCACUAACGCGCAGAUCCCUCAAUCAUCUCUCUCUACCUCGGCUCUCUCUGGAAUACGCUUGCCUACAAUUUCUCUUCCCGAAUUCGAUGGUGACUUUGAACAAUGGUUACCGUUCCACGAUACAUAUGCCGCUUUGAUUCACAACAAUUCCGACCUUCCUGAAAUACAAAAAUUCCAUUACUUAAGGGCAGCUUUGAAGGGAGAAGCUGCACAGUUAGUUGAGUCGAUUGCUAUCUCGUCAGCUAACUACAAUCUCGCGUGGAGCACACUCAUUGGUCGAUAUGCUAACGAGUACCUUCUAAAGAAGAGGCAUCUUCAGGCGUUGUUCGAUAUCUCCCCAGUCAAAAAGGAAACAGCUGCUACGUUACACUGCUUGGUCGACGACUUUGAGCGGCACACCAAAAUUUUGCACCAAUUGGGAGAGCCCACCGAUAGCUGGAGUGCGAUACUAGAGCAUCUGCUAUGCACGCGAUUACAUGAUGACUCCCUUAAGGCUUGGGAGGAUCACGCGUCGACAGUCGAAAACCCAAACUACCGUUGUCUCGUCGAGUUUCUUCAGCGCAGGAUCCGAGUUCUGGAAUCAAUAUCGGUCAACCAUCAUUCUUCGAAUUCCAGCACCACCGUUCAGCCGUCCAACGUCAAACGAUUCCACAAUCAUCAAAGGAUGUCUUCGUACUCGUCUACUUCAGCUUACAAUGGAAAGUGUCCAGCUUGUGGUCAACAACAUUCGUUGUUAAAAUGUCAACAGUUCCAUCGAUCAUCUAUUUCUGAACGAUUGAGAGUAGUGAACGCUAAAAGGCUUUGUCUCAACUGCUUACGCGCAGACCAUAUCGCGCGUGACUGCUCGUCCAACUUCAAUUGCAAGCACUGCAGUAGGCGUCAUCACUCGCUCUUGCACGCAAGUUCGUCUGAAGAAAAUAUGAGGUUCAUUGAGGAAGAUUCAUCCAACAGUUCCACUACACCAGUUGUUUUUCAUCCUACAGCGCCCAGUCUACAAACAAAAUCGGUUGGGCAAAUCGCAGCAGCAAUGGCUGAGAUUAUUCCACGUGUCGAGAGUAGUAUACUCGUUAAUCAGUCUACGGAAAAUGUUUUCUUGAUGACCGUCAUCAUUAAUCUGGUGGAUGCUUUUGGACAGAUGCAUCCCGCUCGUGCUUUGCUAGACAGCGCUUCGCAGCCGAAUCUUAUAACCGAACGUAUGGCCCAGCUGCUACGCGUUAAACGUAGUCGUGUUAACAUUACCAUCAUGGGUGCAGGACAACUAACGAAACCUGUUCGCGAAUCAAUAAGCACUCAAGUGAAAUCCCGUACUACUGGUUUCUGCUGUGACGCUAAUUUCCUCGUAAUGAGCAAGGUGACUGCCAACCUUCCCAGCCACGACGUCUCUCUAAAGGGAUGGAAGCUUCCCAAGGAAAUUACACUUGCCGAUCCCUCCUUCAAUCGAAGCCAACCGAUAGAUUUAGUGCUAGGUGCCAAACACUUCCACGCCUUUUUCCCGACCGCUGCUCGGAUUCAAAUCGACGAUCGACUUCCUUUACUUAUUGACAGCGUUUUUGGAUGGGUCGUAGCUGGAUCCGCUACCAGCAUUAAGCCAGAUCAUGAACCAGAUGAGGAUGAAGUAAUACAAUCGGCUGUAGUCUCUAUGGUUUCCCUGGAACAGAGCAUUGAAAGGUUCUGGAUGACUGAAAGCUUGUCUAUCAAUGAUACGUUCUCAGCAGAAGAAAGGUUCUGCGAAAAUUUCUAUCAAUCAACCACUACGCGUAACCAUGAAGGUCGCUAUGUGGUUCGCUUACCUCGUAAAGACGAUCCCACCACUAAGCUAGGGGAUUCAAAGGCAUCAGCCUUCCAUCGGUACCAGCUACUAGAACGACGCCUUACUAGAAAUCCAGACCUCAAAGAAGAGUAUGACAAAUUCAUGCAGGAAUAUCUUUCCCUUGGCCACAUGAAACUAGUCAACGAAUACGACGAACAACCUCCCGCUGUAUACUAUCUGCCUCACCAUCCCGUGAUUAAGGACACAAGCACGACCACUAAGGUCAGAGUCGUCUUUGAUGGUUCUUCCAAGACUUCGUCCGGCUUCUCUCUUAAUGAAGCUCUUUGCGUUGGUCCCGUGGUGCAGGACAAUCUACUCACGCUCAUUCUUCGUUUCCGUACUCAUCUGGUCGCGCUUGUAGGUGACAUCGCAAAAAUGUACAGACAAGUUUUGGUUCACCCCGACGACACACCACUACAAAGAAUCCACUAUCGGUUCUCGUCAAAAAUGCCUGUCCAGACCUACGAGCUGUUAACUGUAACCUACGGCCUCAGUCCCUCUUCGUUCCUCGCAACCCGCACAUUGAAGCAGCUAGCCAUUGAUGAGGGCUCAGCUUAUUCUCUAGGAGGGCCGGCACUUGAAAAGGGAUUUUAUGUGGACGACUUUAUCGGUGGAGCUUCGUCGGUUGAAGAGGCUACUCGUUUGAGAAUCGAAUUAUCCGAAUUACUGGAGAAAGGUGGUUUUGAAUUGCGGAAAUGGACCUCGAAUAGUCUUGACGUGCUUCAUGGUUUGAAUGCUGAUCAAAUUGGUACGCAGUCUGCUCUGCAAUUCGGUCCAAAUGAAGCAGUUAAAACGCUGGGAAUUAGCUGGGAACCCGAAUAUGACCUCCUUUGUUUCGACUCACAAAUUGAGCCCUUGAAUGGCCCAUGGACUAAACGCCUGAUACUGUCCACCAUAGCCAAACUAUUCGAUCCGAUGGGAAUUAUUUCGCCAGUGGUAGUAUCAGCAAAGAUCCUCAUGCAACAACUGUGGGUGAUUCCAUGUGGAUGGGACGAUCCAGUACCUGAAAGUAUACAAACGAAAUGGAACAUUUACUGCCAGGACCUGCCCAAAAUCGCUGCCUUUCGUGUACCGCGAUACGCAUUUCUUUCGGAAUCAAAAGUGCAGCUCCACACUUUCACCGAUGCAUCCGAAGACGCCUAUGGAGCAUGCGUGUAUGCACGUAGUGAACAAAACAACGGAAACAUUAAGGUGCAAUUAUUAGUUUCGAAAUCCAGGGUCGCCCCCCUAAAACGUUUGAGCAUCGCACGACUGGAAUUGUGUGCUGCAGUCCUAGGUGCACAUCUCCACGAUCACGUAAAACAAGCCCUGAAUCUUGAAAUCGAAUCAUCCUACUUCUGGACCGACUCCACGGUUACUCUACAGUGGCUUAAAUCUCCGCCGAAUGUUUGGAAGACGUUUGUGGCGAACAGGGUGGCCGAAGUACAACAUUACACAAACGGUUGUCAGUGGCGGCACGUUCCAGGGAACACCAAUCCCGCUGAUUUGGUUUCUCGUGGUGCAACGGUUGAAGCACUCUUAAGCUCCGAUUGUUGGAUCAAUGGGCCCAUCUGGUUACCGCUUAAUCAGAAGAACUGGCCCGUGCUCAUCCUACCGGGUGUCUCCGAAGAAAAACUCGAAAUUCGCCAAGUCGCAGCAACAACACAAAUACGAGACACAAUCAACCCCUUUUUCUUGCGCUACAACUCUUACACCCGUAUCCUGUAUGUCAUCGGCUACUGUUUGCGAUAUAUUUCCAACCUCAGAGCGAGAAUUCAAGCUAAAAACAGCCCUGCUGCUGCCAUAGACCUUCCAUCUAGUAUACCAUUAACUGUGGCUCAUCUAAAAUCUGCGAAAACACGCCUCACUCGUUUAGCCCAAGAAGACGCCUUUAGCGAUGAAAUUCGGAAACUGGAAAUGGGAAACCCUGUAUCGAAAAGCUCAACCCUUCGCUUGUUAAAUCCUUUCCUAGAUUCCGAGAGAGUUUUGAGAGUCGGAGGUAGACUAAAACUGUCCCAAUUGCCCUACCACGCGAAACACCCUGCCCUGCUUCCUGCCCAUCACCCACUCACUCGCCUAAUAGCCGAAAACACCCACAUAAAACUCCUUCACGGCGGCGGGCGUCAUCUGUUGGCCACAAUUCGUCGAGAUUUCUGGCCUCUGAAUGGUCGUCGGCUGGUCAGAAGCAUCGUACGCAAUUGUUUCCGUUGCACCCGGCUAAAUCCAGAAUCCGUCGAACAACAAAUAGGCCAGUUACCAGCGCAACGAGUAAUUCCAGGAAAACCUUUCGAAGUAACCGGGGUAGAUUACGCUGGUCCAGUUUAUCUUAAGCCGACUCACCACCGUGCACCAUCCAUGAAAGCCUACAUUUGCAUUUUUGUAUGCUUCACCACGAAGAGUGUCCACAUAGAACUUGCCAGCGACUUGUCCACAAACGGGUUCCUGAAAGUAUUGCGUCGUUUCAUUGCACGAAGAGGUAUCCCUUCCCACCUGCACUCUGACAACGGGAAGAAUUUUGAAGGUGCAAAAAAUGAACUUAUCGAACUGUAUCGAAUUCUCCAAAACAGUGGCGAGCAGGACAAGAUCCAAAACGUUUGUGCCGAGAAAGGAAUUCAGUGGCAUCUUACUCCUCCGAAGGCCCCUCAUUUCGGUGGGUUGUGGGAGGCGGCUGUCAAAGUCGCCAAAAAACAUUUAUUCCGUCAGCUUGGGUCCAGCAGACUGUCGUUCGAAGACAUGGCCACGGUACUGGCACAAAUAGAAUCUAUCAUGAACUCGCGUCCGCUACUUCCUGUUACCGACGAUCCAGAAGAUUUCGAUAUACUGACUCCGGCGCACUUCCUUAUUGGCACUUCAGCAUCAGCCUUGCCCGACCCAAAUGUCUGCAGGAUUCCAGAAAAUCGUCUCACACACUACCAGCAGCUCCAAAUGCAUGUGCAGCAAUUUUGGAUUCGAUGGCAAAAUGAAUAUUUACAGGAGCUCCAGCGAGAUUCAAAACAACGCAGCCGAAACGACGAAAUUACUCCGGGACGUAUGGUCAUCGUGGUGGACGAACUGCAAGGCCCUCUUCGUUGGCCCCUCGCACGAAUAGCAGCUGUACAUCCAGGAAAAGACAACAUGGUCCGCGUCGUAUCACUUCGAACAGCCAGAGGAACAAUUAAACGUCCAGUCGCAAAAAUUUGUUUACUGCCGUUUGCCGAUGCCACCGAUGACGUACAGGAAUGCCCAGUAGAAAGUGAAUCAACAGCAGACUAG